CAACAGCAGCAACAGCAACAGCAACAGCAGGCGUUGUCUUCACAUUCCAGUUUGCCUUCCUUACAGUCGGCAGUCAUGGAAGCAAUGAUCCUCCCCAGGCCCUCUAGCACUGGCUCGGGAUAUCAGAUAAUGGCUGAUGCUUUUCAGGCACAGUCGAAGAUGAAGCUGCAGAGAAUGAUGUCGGUGGGCACUGCAGAGAUGUUGUCUCAGGGCCCAGCAGGAGGCCAGCGGCCGGAGCUGAAACCCUCCCGCAGUGAGGACAAGCCAGACGUACCCAGACAGACAUCUCGUGUGAGUCUUUCAU